AUGGCCCCUUUUAAGACUUAUAAGUCACUGGUCCAGCUGAAGCACAAAGAAGGGACCUUAUUUGAAGUGGUCGGAGACUCCAGCACGCUGCCCAAGUGGUUCUGUACCGAGCAUCUGGAUGAUCCAAAGACAGUGUACGUGAAUCCUUGGUUUGUGGAAGCGAUAUUUGGCAAGGAUGGAGAGUACAUCCCACAUGUCGAGAGUAUGUCACGUACCUUGCUUCAAGUGACCCAUUGGCGUCCUGAAGAGGAUGCAGAGAUUUUGAUAUUCGGGCCUCCUUAUUAUCAAGAUGAUGUUUCCCAGAUGAUUUCCAACUUGGUUAAUUAUUUCCGUCCGCGAAUGAUACAAGUCCAAGAGGCUUCCACCCAGCUGUCCCCCAUGGAGGUCCAUGAGGCUGCUACUCAGCUGGCUCCUGUGGCGGUCCAUGAUGCUUCCACCCAGCUGUCCCCCGUGGAGGUCCGUGACGCUGCUACUCAGCAGGCUCCCGUGGAGAUCCAUGACGCUGCUACUCAGCAGGCUCCCGUGGAGGUCCGUGACGCUGCUACUCAGCAGGCUCCCGUGGAGGUCCGUGACGCUGCUACUCAGCAGGCUCCCGUGGAGGUCCGUGACGCUGCUACUCAGCAGGCUCCCGUGGAGGUCCAUGACGCUGCUACUCAGCAGGCUCCCGUGGAGGUCCAAGAGGCUUCCACCCAGCUGUCUCUUGUGAAGGUUCAAGAGACUUCCACCCGGCUGUCUCCCAUAGAGGUCCAUGAUGCUGUCUCCCAGCAGGCUCCCGUGGAGAUUGGUGAUGCUGCUACCCAGCAGGCUCCUGUGGAUGUCGCUGAGGCUGCCACCCAGCUGUCCCCCGUGGAGGUCCAUGAGGCUGCUACCCAGCGGGCUCCUGUGGAGGUCCAUGAUGCUGUUUCCCAGCAGACUCCCAUGGAGGUUGGUGAUGCUGCUACCCAGCAGGCUCCUGUGGAUGUCGCUGAGGCUGCCACCCAGCUGUCCCCCAUGGAGGUCCAUGAUGCUGCUACUCAGCAGGUUCCCGUGGAGGUCCGAGAGGCUUCCACCCAGCUGUCUCUUGUGGAGGUCCAAGAGACUUCCACCCAGCUGUCCCCCGUGGAGGUCCAUGAGGCUGGUACCCAGCAGGCUCCUGUGGAGGUCCAUGAGGCUGGUACCCAGCAGGCUCCGGUAGAGGUUGGUGAUACUGCCGAACAGCUGGCUCCUGUGACUGUCUAUGAAGCUCCCACCCAGCAGGCUCAUGUGGAGGCUAGUGAGGCUGCCACUGAGCAGACCUCAGGGGCUGUUCAUCGGAAUGUCGUUCAGGAGGCUGCCACUCAGCAGCAUUCUGUAGAGGCCUCUGAGGCUCUGCCCUAG